AAAAAAAAAAGAAAUGCUCUGAAAAUUUAAUUUUCGAAGAAUUUCUCACGCCUGCUAUUUAUAAACUGAAUCAAAAUCACGGAAAACAUCGCCCUUGACCGAUUUGAAGCAAACAAUGAAAGAUCAAACAAAAGAUAAGGCAAUUUCGAAGAUUGUCUGUACAAUUACCAAUGAGCCAGACAAAGCUAAAGACGCGGGAUUAUGGAGAGAUUUGGUUGCUUUUUGGUUUUUAGGCAUUUGUAAUAAUUAUGGGUUUAUUGUCAUGCUCGCAGCUGCACAUGACAUAAUUCACGAACUUUCGCCGGACCAACCGAGCGACGUGAAAUUCGUAAGAAAUUGCAAUUCAAUGUCCACAGGCACAGUAUUGCUCGCUGACAUCGUUCCCGCAAUCAUCAUCAAAAUAUUUUCUUCGUUCGUCGUUGGAUUCGUACACACGAAAGUCAUCAUGGCAAUGAUUCUGACGAUCAUUAGUUUCGUCACUGUGGCAUUUGCCGAUACAGAAUGGCUCGCAUUGCUCGGCGUCGUAUUGACAUCACUCAGUAUGGGAUUGGGCGAAACGGCUCUCGUUGGAUAUUUGACGCGUUUUAAUCGUUCGUGCAUUUCUUGUUGGAGUUCGGGAACGGGAGGCGCCGGAUUAAUUGGAACAAUUUCGUAUUCAGCCAUGAAGCAAAUUGGAAUUUCGAAUAAAACGUUGAUGUUGUGCAUGAUUUCGGUGCCUAUCUUUGAAGCUUUUAUCUUUUGGGGGCUUUUGAGGCAUCGAGAAUUGCCGAAAACGGAGGAAAAUGAAGAGACGGAAGUCAAAGAUGCGGAAAAACAAGAAGAAUUGGGAGCUCCAAGUAUUUUGGAUAGGAUAAAAUACAUCCCGAAGUUGCUGAGAUACAUGAUUCCGCUCUUUAUCGUCUAUUUUUCGCAAUAUUUUAUCAAUCAAGGAUUGUUGGAGCUAAUUUACUUCCCGAACAUUUGGUUGAAGAAAGCAGAUCAAUAUCGUUGGUUUCAAGCAACUUAUCAAAUAAGCGUUUUUAUCUCCCGUUCAUCCAUCAACUUGGUCAAGUUCAAGGCAGUUUGGCUUCUUGCUCUGUUACAAUGCGGAAAUCUCGUGUAUUUACUCUUCGAAGCAAUUUAUUACUUUUCGCCAAAUAUUUACGUCGUUUUUCUCGUCGUAUUUCUCGAAGGUCUUUUCGGCGGAGGAGCUUAUGCCAAAACAUUUUAUCGCGUCUCCGAAGAAAUUCCUGAACGUCAAAGACAAUUUUCGAUGUCGAUCAUCACAGUAAGUGACACUCCCGGGAUCGCACUUUCAGGAUUAAUUGCAAUGCCCGUACACAAUGCGAUCUGUAACUUGCCAAUUCCCGGAAGGUUGUUGUAAUUUUUGGAGAAUUUCAGGUGAAAAUUCAAAUAAAGUCGUUUUAUG